AUGAGUAAGCUGAGCAGGAAGUAUCAUUUGCCCUAUACAAGAGCCAUCAUUGGCGAAAAUGGUUUAUUGAUUAAAGAUCAAUUUACGUCCGGUCCUUCAACAAGCUCAUCGACGCUUUUGGCACGCAGAAGUAAUGGAGGUGAUUUCGGCGAUGACGAGGAUGACGAAGACGGCGAUGCUUCUGGGAGCUUCCAAUCUAGUGUUUUUGAAACAGCUUCGUUAAUCAGUUGUGUUACUUGUCUCAGCGACACGGAAUCUAAAGAUGAGAAUGAAGCUCUGCUGCUACCUUCAAAUACGGUUAUUCCUUACGCAAAGAUUCUUGAUGUCACGAAUAUGGAAGCAGAAGAUGAUGGUUCCCCAUGGCCGGAUCAUACUGCAUUGAUUGAAGUCACUUUUGCAAAGCCAAGGAGGAACCAUUUAGUCCCAAAAACAAUAAAAUUGAGCGUCGAUACUUCAGUGUUUCCUAAUAUGGGAACUGAUGUGGCAGAAGAGAUCUUGAAUAGAAGUUAUAAAAACACUAAGAGAAACAAAUCAAUUCUAGUCAUUAUCAACCCACACGGUGGUAAGGGUAAAGCCAAUAAAUUGUUCUUGUCCAAAGCCAAACCAAUAUUAUUAGCAAGUGGUUGCAAAAUCGUUGUUAAAGAGACAACAUAUCAUUUGCAUGCUGUCGACAUUGCAAAAAAUUUGGAUAUAGAUGAAUACGACGUAGUUGCAUGUGCUUCUGGUGAUGGUAUCCCCCACGAAAUUAUGAAUGGUUUGUUUUUAAGAUCAGAUCGUGCUAAAGCAUUCCAGAAGCUAGCCAUUACUCAAUUACCUUGUGGUUCAGGUAAUGCAAUGAGUAUAUCUUGCCAUGGUACCAGUAAUCCAUCGUAUGCCGCAUUGGCUCUCCUUAAAUCUGUCGAAUCGAGAAUAGAUGUCAUGUGUUGUACUCAACCGUCCUAUAAAAAUCAACCUAGAUUGUCAUUCUUAAGUCAAACGUAUGGAAUCAUCGCAGAAUCUGAUAUUGAUACGGAGUUCAUCAGAUUUAUUGGACCAGCAAGGUUUGAACUUGGUGUCACUAUGAAUGUUUUACAAAGAAAGAAAUAUCCGUGUGACAUAUAUUUCAAAUACGCUGCCAAGACGAAAAAUGAACUAAAAGAUCAUUAUUUGCAACAUAAGGAUAGAUUGAAUAAUCUACGGAAUGAUUUAGAAUCUAGUUCUACGUUUACACUCGAUAUCCCUAGAUCUGGUAAAGAGUCAAACUUGGACGAUAUAACAAUUACCGAUGACUCCUUCAAACUCAGAUGGCCGUUUGAAGAUGACGUACCGUCAGAUUGGGAAAGAAUUGAUCCUGAACUAACGCGUAACACAGGGAUUUUCUAUACUGGUAAGAUGCCUUACAUUGCGCCUGAUACAAAAUUCUUCCCAGCUGCCUUGCCGGAUGACGGUACCAUGGAUUUCGUUCUAACAGACGGACGUACGCCAUUAACGAGAAUUGCCCCAAUUUUAAUGUCAUUGAAUAGAGGGUCACAUGUCUUACAGCCUGAAGUGGAACAUUCUAAAAUUUUGGCUUUCAGGUUAGUCCCAUAUGCAAAGAAUAGCGUUAUUUCUGUUGAUGGAGAAAAUUUCCCGUACGAGACAUUGCAAGUAGAAGUUCUUCCUAAACUUGUAAAAACCUUGUUGAAAAACGGUAGUUACGUAGAAACCGACUUUGAGUCCAUGUAA